GUGCUGCUAACAGACCUCUGCAUCCACUCGUUUUACCACGUGAGUCUGUGACGCUGAUGACCUGUCAGGACUCAGCGCAUGCGCGUUGAAACGAUGGGAAUUUCCAACAGCUGAGGAGGCGUAGCUAGCCACGGCUAGCACUUGUUAAAGCAGGAAGAUAAGCUUUGAAGAAUGUGUGAUUAUGAAUAUAUCUUCACAAUGAAUGACCUUGAACUUUGCACAUGCUGAUACCGAGGAGUGGAAUAAAUACUACUACACAUCAACGGAGCGUUAAGCAAAAGCUUCUCCCGACCUCAUCUUGAGCGACACAGGCCUGUUUGUCCGGAAACAAGUCAGGCUUUGAGCCAGUCUCAGAGAUGCCUGUAAGAAGGCAUCCCUACAGGCUACAGCCUAGCUACGCCAACUGAAAACCACAGGCAGCUGCAUCUGUUGUAGAGAUCAUGAGCUUCUGAUUGGCCACAAAGUCUGAUUCCUCGUCCACAUCUCCAAGACGUUAUUAAAUGUUAAGUGUGUGCCAGUGUGUACAGUGAGUAAUGGUGACCAAAAAUGGUGCUUGGAUGUAGCAUCCUGGUGCAGAAUAUGCUCAAAGGGGUGAGACUCUCUCAGAAAAGUUUAACAACUGACUGAUAAUGGAUGCCAAGUUAAAAGAGGACCUGUUCCGGAGGUAUGUGACGGCACUAGAGAGGCGCCUGGAGGAGGUCGGGCAAUACACAGUGGCUGGAAAUGCACCACACGGAGAGAAGAGCAGACACAAGGACAGUGAGGCCCUACUUUCAACAGCCACAGCUCUGCUAGGAGCCUACCAGCCAGACCCAGGACAGCGUUUCCGCAUGGUGCGCUUCUAUGAAGUGGUGGAGACCUCACUUCGUUGUCAGAGAGGGGGCAACCUCAAGAACCUAGAGAGAGCCUUCCACACCCUGGAGACCAUCUGCACCAACCUCUUGCUCUUCCCUUGGAAAAAGGAGUUCAGGUGUAUAAAGACCUUCACCGGCCCAUAUGUGUACCACCUGCAGUCUGCGAUUUCUGAUGCUGAACUCCGGUCUCUAAUGCGCACUAUUGGCUAUGCCUGUGACCACGAUUCGCAGUUCCAUUUACAGGAGCACCCAGGAGACGUAAAUCAUCUACGCCAGUUAGCGUUUGAGCUCUUCCUGGCCCAGGCAGAGUGUCGUCUUCUGGGAGAGGUUGUGGCUCUGGCACGAGGUUCAGCCUCAGAGUUGGAGGCCCUGGAACUCCGCAGAGGUUGCAGAGAUGAUGCCGCUGGCUGCGCUGAGGCGCUCCGCAGACGGGACAGCCUUGGGGCGGAUAUGGCUCGGCUGACUGUCCGACCGCUGGAUAUAGAGAGGCCCCAUGCCCACCACCUGAGGCGAGGUAGCCGGCCGUCGAAGUCUGUGGAUGUUACAGACGGGGCUGGUCACUGGCACCCAGCAGUCAGUAAGCCGGUCUUGAAGGCGUCGCUGAGCCUGAGGAAGGAGCCUCUUUUUGUAGAUGCAGAGGAGGAUAUGAAGGAUGAAAUCAUCAGGCCCAGCACUUCAGCGUCUCUCUUCUCUGUGGCAGCUCCAUCUUCCUACAGCCCUGUUGCAGAUUUUUUCCCCAUUCAGUCGCCCCCUCCAGCUGAUGCUUACACAUCUUACCACCUGUCUUCUUUGGAUGAGAUUGACUUGUACACAGAGAGAGGUGUUGCUGGGACAGGAGGAAGGCAGACCCCCUCUCGACCUCCAUCCAGAGAGCCUCGGGAUGCCAGGGAUGGGUGGCUGCUUAAAGCUCAUGGUAGUGUGAAGUGUCAGGGUUGUGGACUGGGCUGCUCCACAAUGGCGUCUUGUCAGCGGUGUGACAUGAUCCUUUGUUCUGCCUGUCAUGAUGUGGAUCCCUCACCAUGCUGCGGCUUCCAGGACUACCACCCUAAAUCUCAACGUCUCCUUGAUGGAUACAUCCCUGUCAAAGAAAAGCUCUCGGUCUACUCUAAUACUCACUCUCACCCCCAUCUCCACCCACACCCCCUGACGCUGACUCAUUCACACUCUCAUCCCCAUCCUCACCCCCAGAUGGUGGAGAAACCCCUCAUGUCCAACAAGCUGUUUCCCAGCAAGUCGAUUGCCUUGACCACGCCAAAGGGAGGCAGCAGUGAGCGAUUAAAUAUGGGCGGCUCAAGAUGCGGGUUUUGCAACAAGCCAGGUGCAACACACACCUGUGUGAAUUGCUCCAAAGUGUCAUGUGACUCAUGCAUGGGCUUGUACGUAAAGGAUAUGUGCACACGGAAGAAUCCUCAGCACAGCUUUGUGCCCAACCAUCAGCUCAACUUCAAAUCUGGCACCAUAUCUCACUUAGUGUACCGAUAAGUCAGGCAGGCAAAAUAUAUUGGUUUCUCUCCUUUUAUGGGGCGUUGCACAUAUGGAUACAAAGCUGUUGCAUUUCUGGCCUCAUCACUCAGUAGAUCUUGCAGUGUUUUGUGUUUGAGAACUUAAUUUACAUACUCUGGUCUGAAUAGACUAAGCGACACACAAGUAACAUCUGUAGUUUGUUUCCACUUAGCUUUCUUCUUUAUGUCCCUGUAACUUGACUGUAACUAAAAUUACGUGAUAGUGAAUUUGAAAGAUGCUUUUGCACCGUUAUGAAUACGUUUUCUUUGUGUCUUUGAGUGCUGUAGUAAACACUCACGCAUUUUGGUUUACACUGGAUCACGCUGCUUGCUGUGAUCCGUUGGCUGCAAAUUCAGGUCUCAUUCACAAUGACUAACAGCUGUUAGUCUGCCCAGCUCUUUGUAUCUGUAUGUGUGAACAUCCCAUUGACCCACAGCGUAGACUUGCACUAUUGCUUUAGCUCUAAUCCUGCUUUAAUUACUCAGUCACUAUAUCUCCUUUAGCCGACAGUUAGUUCCCUUCCCUUGAACCUUGUACAUUUUCUCUUAUGGUCACACCAGUGGGCCCUGAAAUUCAUAUGCCACAGAGAACCAUGUUGUCAGUUCUCUGUCUUGUACAAGUUCAGACCUAUUUCUUCUUCCUUUUUACCUGCUACCUGCUCUUGAGUAGUCGUGAUGUUGUAGUUCUUCCCAAAUUCCUAAAAUUUUGUCCUCCUUAAAAGGGAAACAGGAGAAUAGAGAAUUUAAUUCCCAUUCACCUUGAAUGAAAUCUGUCCGAACAAACAUAUAUAUAUAUACUUUGCCUAACUCGUCAGCUAAAAUUUCCUAUAGUAUAAAUAUCUAUAUAAAU